AUGCAGCGGCUGUUGCCCCGCCCCGCCUGCCCGGCGCCGCCCGCGGAGGCGAAUGGGGGGAGCAGCGAGCCUGUCUCCCGCCGGGACGCGACGACCGCGUCCGCGCUUCCGGCCGGUGCGCUGCACCUUUUUUCGCUCGCCGGCACUUGUCGGGGCUCGCUUGCCAAGACGCUGGCCGCGGUCUCCCGCACGGCGUCGCCGCUGCCGCACGAGCCCCGCGCCACGCCGAGGCUGCAGCAGCCGGGCCGCGGCCCCCUGCAGCCCCGCACGGGGGACGCGCAGGGCGACGCCGCCGCGGACUUCGACGAGGACGUCAUGUGCCGCUCCGGGAGCUGCUCGCGGUGCCUGUCCCGCGCCUCCUCCUUUAGCCUCGCCGCGGGGUGCGUGACGCCGCUGACGUGGAGGACGUCCUCCUCGGUGAACGGCGGCUCCUCCUCCGGCCGCGCCGCAGACUCGCCGUGCCCGGCCUCCGCGCAGGAGCACUCGCUGGAGGCGGCCCUCACGGCGCGCCACGCCAGGGCAGUGGCGGCGACUGUGGCUCUGUGGGAAACAACGGCGCUGGGGGCGUUGCCGGCCUGCCCCGCCGCAGAGACCGACGACGACGACGACGAAGUGCGGGGUGCGUCGCCACCGCUUCGGGAGCGAAGUUUGGCCCCCGCGGAGGUUGCCGCUGAGCGGGCCCGGCGACAGCUGCCGCCUGCGUAG